GUGGCUUGUCAAAAAAUAUCUGAACGGAGCAGAAAAGCAAAACAUCCAUUGAAUUUCAGAACGUUUAUGUUUGAUUUUAUUGUGUGAAAACAAUACAAAAGUGAACUCGAUCAGCAGAAAUCAAAAGAUUUUAAACACCAUUAGUGAAUACGAGGACUGUCCGGUGCAGGACGAAAUACACUGUAUUGAAAAUCGUCGGAAAAAGGGAUCAUCUCGUACGCAAGAACAGAGGUAGAACAACGGCGCGAUGAGCUUCUCAAGUGAUGAAGUAAAUUUUCUUGUUUACCGCUAUCUUCAAGAGUCAGGAUUUUCACAUUCAGCUUAUACCUUUGGUAUUGAGUCGCACAUAUCUCAGAGUAACAUCAAUGGAGCGUUGGUUCCACCCGCCGCUCUGCUCAGUAUUCUACAGAAGGGACUUCAGUACACAGAAGCCGAGAUAAGCAUCGGUGAAGAUGGAACCGAACAACGAUUGGUGGAAAGUUUGAGUUUGAUCGACGCUGUAAUGCCAGAGGUAGUUGCCAUCAGGCAGAAUUUGCAAAACCAACAGAAACAAACGAUCAAAACGGAGCCGACUGAAACAAAUGGCACAACAAGCACUACUACUGCUGAGGAAACAUCGGUGGCUCAGACGACCACGUCUACGACAACGACUACAACUUCUUCGUCAACACCGGCUCCGGCCGACAGCAUGGAAGUUGAUCAGAGCAUUGAAAUCCCGGCCUCGAAAGCUACGGUUCUCAGAGGGCAUGAGAGCGAAGUCUUCAUUUGUGCAUGGAAUCCAAGCACGGAUUUAUUAGCAAGCGGUUCUGGAGAUAGCACUGCCCGAAUUUGGGAUAUGUCUGACAAUUCGACUAACCCAAAUCAACUAGUACUGAGGCACUGCAUACAGAAGGGUGGAACCGAAGUGCCGAGUAAUAAGGAUGUCACCUCGCUGGAUUGGAAUUGUGAUGGAACUCUGUUGGCUACUGGAUCGUACGACGGUUACGCUCGCAUUUGGCGCACGGAUGGAUUACUGGCCAGCACUUUGGGUCAGCACAAAGGUCCGAUAUUCGCUUUGAAGUGGAACAAACGUGGAAAUUACAUCCUAUCGGCAGGUGUAGACAAAACUACGAUCAUCUGGGAUGCGGCCACCGGGCAAUGCACGCAACAAUUUAGCUUCCAUUCGGCCCCAGCACUGGAUGUCGAUUGGCAGUCGAAUCAAUCUUUUGCGAGCUGUAGUACGGAUCAGUGCAUUCACGUUUGCAAGUUGGGUGUUGAUAAACCGAUCAAAUCGUUCCAAGGACACACGAACGAAGUUAAUGCCAUCAAAUGGGACCCCCAAGGGCAGCUACUAGCGUCUUGUUCUGAUGACAUGACGUUGAAAAUUUGGUCAAUGAAACAAGAUACUUGCGUUCAUGAUCUUCAGGCACACUCGAAGGAAAUCUAUACUAUCAAGUGGUCACCAACUGGAACCGGUACCAACAAUCCGAAUAUGAAUCUUAUACUAGCCAGUGCGUCGUUCGAUUCCACGGUACGGCUCUGGGACGUAGAGCGUGGUCAGUGCAUUCAUACGCUAACAAAGCACACUGAACCGGUUUACUCGGUAGCAUUCAGUCCGGACGGGAAGUUCCUCGCAUCCGGUAGUUUCGACAAAUGUGUGCACAUCUGGAGUACUCAAAGUGGCCAGCUGGUUCACAGCUAUAAGGGUACCGGCGGUAUAUUCGAAGUUUGCUGGAAUUCUCGGGGCAGUAAGGUUGGCGCUAGUGCCAGUGACGGCAGUGUGUUCGUUUUGGAUCUCCGGAAGUUAUGAGCGGGACCGGCCACCGCUGCUGAAAAGAAAGCCAUCUCCAGUGGUUCUUGAACUGCAUCCAAGUAAAUUUGUCGAUUACAAUCGACAACAGUAACCUACUAGUUGGCUAAAAAUAUCUUGAAACACUUACAUUUUAAGUGAGAUUUAGUAUUUAGGUAGAUUUGUAGUGAUGCGUUGUGAAAAGUAUUGUCUAUUAGACUAGAAGUUAUUUGAUGGAUCAAGAAUGCAGCUUUUCAAGAGCAGAUUAAGGCAUGAAAGUUUACACGUCACUAAGUAGUUUGUUAAAAGACUACUUUUUAUUUUUGUCUAUAACCGCAAUUAAAAAUUAUAUCCCUUCAACAUUUUCGGCUAAGACAUUGAAAAACAAGUUAUAAAAUAAGCUCAAAAUUAAAUUGUUCAACGAAACAUUUAACAAAAACGGUCAAAAUUAGACGCAUGCAAUGUACGUAUGUCAAGGUAGCAUUAGCAGUUUGAAAAAGUAAAAAUAUCAGCAAAGUUUUCUCGUCGAUGGUUGCCGAAUAGUGUGUAACGCAUACAUUCUGAAGAUAGACAUAAUAAAUAUAAAACUUUUGAACGCCCAAAACAA